GCCGCUCCUGCUGCUGGCGGCUCCAAGGGUUUCAACCGCCGAGGGCCUCGCGGUCCGCCGUCCAAGGAGCUCCAGAAGGACGUGAACUGGAUGGUGGAGAACUACGACGGGGAGCGCAACCUCGUUAUGGAUGAUGUCACCAUGCAGCAGCUUGUGUGCAUCAUCAACUGCCGAAAUACCACCGUUCACAUCAAGAACAAGGUGAAGUCGAUUUGCAUCGAUGGCUGCGAGAAGGUCAACGUCAUCUGCCAGGACGUGAUCUCCGCAGUGGAGCUUGUCAACAGUGACCGAUGUCAGAUGCAGGCCGUGGGCAAGGUUGUUGCGAUAGCCAUCGACAAGUGUGAUGGGGUCAACGUCUUCCUCUCAAAGGAGUCAAUGAAUGCCGAGAUCACGGCGUCCAAGUCCUCUGAGAUGAAU